AAUUAUUAUGGCAUUCAUCUCCAACACUGGAUUGGAAAACCUAAAAAAAUAUAAAUACGUCUCUGGAGGGUACUCUUAUUUGGACAAUAAGAUUAAUCCAUUCUGGAUAUUUGUAAGUGAACUUUACCCCACUGUAAAUAUGAGUAAAUAAUUAUCAUAGUGGCUUGCUCCAAAUCUGAUUACCUUCAUUGGAUUCAUAACAAUGAUCUUGGCUUGCAUAUUCUAGGUUUUCGCCGAUAUGACAUUAACCUAAGAAAUUCCAACUUGGACAUUUUAUUUUAUGGCAUUCGCUAUUUUUGCAUAUCAAACUCUUGACGCGACUGAUGGAAAACAAGCCAGAAGAACAUAAUCAUCUUCUCCUUUGGGCUAGUUGUUUGAUCAUGGUUGUGAUUCAUUCAUUAUGCAAUUUUUCAUUAUUGGAGCAGCAUAGGCAACCUUGAUGGACAGAGACACCUUAUUUUAUUUUUAAUUCUUUUGUCAAAUAGGACUUUGGGCUAUAAACUAAAAAGAAUAUUACACUGGAGUUUUGCAUACUCAUUUGGCUAAUUUCGGUGUAACUGAAUUGGAAUUAGUAGCUAUUUCAGUCUAAUUGGUAUCAUCACCUUAUAUAUACCUAGUUUUCAGCAAUCUUUGGAUAAAGCGCUUGGCACAAUAAAAUAUUUGGAUUCAAUCUAUAUAAAAUAGUCACAACUACUAUUUUGGGAGCAGCAAUCAUUUCAGACAUUUUUUUGUUCUUCUCCAAUAUCUUCAAAUCUUAAAAACCACUUAGAGUGUUCAGCGAAUGGAUACCGUUGUUUUUGUUUUGGACCUUAUGUAAGAAUUAGUCUUAUCCCCUUAGAGUUUGUCUGGUUCUCAUCCCCAAUCUAUAGCCAACUUGCUGGACCACUCUUGAUUAAUUUUGGAAUUAUUCUAUCUUCAAUUGUCUGCAAAACAAUUGUUUGUUCAACAACUAAAGUAAAUUAUGCAAUUUAUAUCCCAGGAUUAAACCCCCUUAUUCCACUUGGAAAUGUUGCCCUUCAUCAUCAUUAGUUUAUUAACCUUUUUCAUUCCAUUCAGUUUAGAACAUUUGAAAAUAUUGUUCUGGAUUUAAUUUAUUUCCACAAUUGUUCUAACUCUCUUAUUUAUUAAGAAUGUAAUAAAUUAAAUAACCACAUACCUUAAUAUUAGUUGUUUCACAAUCAAGAAGAAAGAAAAUUGA